CCUAUCUCUAUCUCUAUUUUACAUAAAAAUUAUUUCUUUAUUUCUAAAUUUCAUUUUCUGUUGUAAUCGAGGUACUAGGACUUAACAGUUGUUUGUUUUCGGUUUUGGGUUCAUUUUUCUUGAGUGCUAAGAUGCUAAAAUCAUGGGUUAUAUUUGAUUUGGGUUUAUUAGAUUUGGGGGUUAUUUAUUUAAUAAAAUUAGGGUUUGAAAUCAAAGAACCAGAACUUGAAAAAAAAUAUGAUGCUUUGUUUCUUCAUUAAGUACAUCUUUUGUUGAUUUAUUUUAUUUUUAUUUUAUUUUUACUGUAAACGCAGGAAAUGGAGAAACUUCAAGCUCAGGACAUAUUAAUAAACAUCUUUAUAAGGUUGCCAGUGAAGUCACUCUUACGGUUCAGCAGCACAUAUUCUUUAGCUUAUGAUCCAUCUUCAUCUACAUUGAGUAACUGUGUUCGUAUAAAUUAUCCUUACAAAAAAAUUGUCGGAAUUACGUUUUGGGGAACCUGUAAUGGCUUCAUUUGCAUAAGCCCAGGGGGUGAGGAUGUUGUUGUCCUUUGGAAUCCGGCUACUAUGGAGUACAAGGAAGUACCAAUUGAGUACCCGGAUGAUGAAUUUUGCUACGUCCAUCAUGGAUUUGGUACUUAUAAUGAUGAGAUUGACGAUUUUAAGAUUGUAAGGUUUGAGGGGGUUGAUGAUGAAUAUUUUUGCGAAGUGAAGGUAUAUACACUGAAAUCUAAUUCAUGGAGAAGACUUGAGAAUAUACCUUAUCAGCUUUCUCGAGGAGACAUGGAUAUGGCUCAAGUAAUUAUAAAUGGAGCUAUGCAUUUUUUAGCAGAUACGGACUCUAAAGGUAACAGAUUAGUCAUAGUCUCUUUUGAUUUCAAAGAUGAAAAAUUCGAUGAGAUGCCCCUUCCCAGCUUUUGCAAGGACUAUGAAACAAGUUUGUGUUCGUUGGGAGAUUCUCUUUGCUUAGUUGGUUCUAUGUUCAAUGAGAGCCAUGUUGUUGUAUGGGAGAUGAAGACGUAUGGAGUGACUGAAUCUUGGGCCGAACUCUUCACCAUUGACCAUGAAACUAUCGGUGAUUACUUUAACCAGCUGUUUCCGCUUCAAGUUGUCAAGAAUGGCAAGAUUUUAUUAGGAUAUGAUGACGGGGAAGUUGGUUUUCAUCUGGAUUUGUAUGACAUACAGCGUGGGACAUCCACAAAUCUUAAGACUCAUGCUGACCAGCAUAAUUCGUUCGCUGCUAGUACCUUUGUCUAUGUGGAGAGCCUUGUGAUGCUUAAUUCAGGUACUUAUGUUGGGCCACCAGAAAUAGACUCAGAAGAAGGCUCUGAAGAAAAUGAUGAUGAUGUUGGUAGAGAAGCAGAAAUAGAUGACUUCAGAGACUGGGAAGGUGACUUUGAAGAAAAUGAUGACGAUUUCAUUGAUGAAGAAGAUUUCAAUGACUUGUAUUGAAACCAGAAGAAAAGACUGCAAAGAUGGGCUAGCGCAAGAACAAUAGAUCUGGAUAGCCUUAAUCCAGGUCCUCAUGUCGGGCAUGUAGAAAGAGGAAACUCCGAAAAUUAUGAUGGUGAUGAUGAUGAAGAUGAAGAAGAAGAAGAAACAAAAAAAGAAAAGGAAGAAGAUCUUUAACAUAAUAACAAGACAACCCAGAAAAUGUGAGUCUUAAUUGCACAUUAUCAAACUAUCAACUGAAGUGUUCUUCCUAUGUUAGUUGGUGCUUUUGCCUUUUCUUAUUUCGUAGUUAUUUCCUUUGGUACUUCGAUGAGAACUUAUCGACUAGCGUAUGGUUGGAG